AUGGAAGAAUCACGGGGCCCAUUACUUCAAGCUAAUAAUGUGACUGAAUCUGUGAAUGUGAAUGGGGAUAACUCAAGAUUGAACCUUAUUAAUCGUGGGGGGAAGAAGCAGAACUUCAUAGGGCCUGGUUUUCCAGGGUUAAAAAAACGAGGUCAUGCUGUUGGAAACCGUUCUUGGAUUAAAAUAGAGCAAAAUGGGAACUCAAAAGUUGUGGAAUUGGAUAAAGCAACUGUAAUGAGACAUUGUUGUUUACCAGCUAGAGAUCUUCGGCUUUUGGAUCCUGUUUUUAUCUAUCCUUCAACAAUUUUAGGGCGUGAAAAGGCUAUUGUUGUUAGCCUUGAGCAGAUUAGAUGUAUAAUUACAGCUGAUGAGGUGUUUCUUAUGAAUUCACUUGAUGGAUCUGUGCUUCAGUAUAAGUCUGAAUUGUGUAAACGCCUUCAGGAAGUGAAAUAUCAUUCGGAUGACCUACCAUUCGAGUUUAGGGCACUUGAACUAGCUUUGGAGUUUACCUGCCUCACUCUUGAUACUCAGGUGAAAGAGUUGGAAAUGGAAAUUCAUCCUGUUCUUGAUGAAUUGGCAAAAUCAAUAAGUACACUCAAUCUUGAACGUGUUCGUAGAUUCAAAGGCCACCUUCUUGCAUUGACUCAACGUGUGCAAAAGGUUUGUGAUGAAAUAGAACAUCUAAUGAACGAUGACGGAGAUAUGGCUGAAAUGUAUCUAACUGAAAAAAAACAAAGAAACUCAUGCAAUGAUUUAUACGAUCAAGUUCAAGGUAAUAUUAUUUCAACUUCAACAAUGGGAACAGGGGGGCCCACACUGGGAAUGGGAAUGGUGUCAAAAUCUGCCCCUGUUUCUCCUGUGGGGUCCGCAAGUGCAAGUGGCUCAAUUAAAUUACAAAGGGCUUUUAGUAACAUAAGCUCGCAUAAUAAACAUGGAAGCUUGUUGAGUUCAUCUGUAACUGGUGAAACUGAAAACAUUGAUCAACUUGAGAUGUUGCUGGAAGCUUACUUUGUUGGAAUCGACAACACUCUAAACAAGUUGCUUUCUCUCAAGGAAUAUAUCGAUGACACUGAAGAUCUCAUCAACAUUAAGCUUGGAAAUGUUCAAAACAAGCUGAUUAAAUUCGAGCUGCUUUUAACAGCUGCUACAUUUUUAGCAACAGUGUUUGCAGUUGUGACAGCUGUAUUUGGAAUGAAUUUUGAAGACGAUGUUUUCAACGAGCCGAAUAGAUUCAAUUGGGUUGUUUCCAUCAGUGCAAGUUUAUGUGGAGUUUUGUACAUUUGUUUCUUGUUUUAUUUCAAACAUAAGAAAGUUUUCCCUCUCUAGAUUUUCAUUUCUUCUUUUUUAUAUAAAAAUAAACAAUUCCCAAUACCCCUUUCGUUUUGUAUUUGUACAUAUGACAUAUGGUUGUACUUUAUGGUCUUUUUCUUUAAGGGGUUGAUGAAAAAGAUUCGAUUCUGGUGUGGUCAAAGUCCCAGAAAGAGUUUUCUUCUUGUGAGCAUGGUGAAUGUGAACAAGGGUUAUUUUGGGUAUUUUGGCUCUUGAGAAGUGACUCGAGUUCCUUGAUACGUGCUUGGAGGUUGGAUUCGAUUAAUUGGUGGAGGCGUAAUUGUAAGUCUAUUGGUGAAACUGCGUAGUUUGGAGUGAAAGUGUGGUUGUUGUUGUUGUUGUUGGUGGUGGUGGUGGUGCUUUCACUUUUGCUACUUUUUCCAGUUUUGCCCCUGGGGUCUGAUUCCGAUUGGCUAUCGAGUUGCCAGGUGAUUGUAUCUAGGUUCAGAUCUCCUCUAGCCAUGUCUGCUUCAAAGUCUGAAUCAAUCUGUGAAAUGUUAAUCUUUUUUAGUUGAUCAACUUAAUGAGAAAAAGUAUUGUUUUCUUUUGACUUAGGUACUAGCUAAAAAACUAGCUGAUAGCUGGAAAGCUAGUUGUUAAAUGAAAAGCUAGCAGAUAGCUGAAAAACUAGUUGAUUAUAAAUGUCGUUUGGUAAACGGAUUGAAAAGCUAGCUGAAAAAUAUAAAAUGAGAUAAAAAAACAUUUAAAAGAAUGUGUUGUUAUAACUAAUUAAAGUGUAUAUUUGAAAUUUUUUUAAAAAGCUCAUAGAAAGUUAGCUAAGU